UUUUUUAUAAAAGAUUUUGAUUUUUUAAGUGUUUAUUUUUACAAAAAGUAUGAAAAUAAAGGUUAUUUCAAGGAAUCCAGACGAUUAUCAACGUGAAACCAAGAAGGAUAUUUUUAAGGCAUCGCGCAGUUAUAUAGUAAAUCAAGACCCAUUUCGUCAUCAAGUGGAAUAUACACGUGCAUUGAAUGCAGCUAAAUUGGAGAGAGUAUUUGCCAAACCAUUCCUGGCAUCCUUCGAUGGACAUAAUGAAGCAGUUAAUUUACUGGAAAAACAUCCUCUUCGUCUUUCAACUGUUCUUUCGGGCGCUCGGGAUGGUCAAGUAAAAGUUUGGCAUUUGGUGACCAAAAAAUGUGUUCAAACAGUCCAGGCUCAUAAUGGCCCUGUUAAUGAUAAUUUCAUAACCGUUGGGCAAGAUUCUCAACUCAAAAUUUGGGCACUUCCAGCAGAGAGUAGUGGAGUGCCCUUUUCAGAAGAGCCUUGUCAUUCAAUUCCUCUUAAUUAUGUUCCUCAUUCUGUUUCUCAUAUUGUAAAUUCGUCAAAUUUUGCAACGUGCGGUGAUGGAAUAAGUAUUUGGAAAUUAUUCAGAGAAUCUCCAAUUCGUCAUUACGAUUUGGGUCCAAAUACCGUUAAUUUUCUGCGUUGCAAUCCAAUUGAAGAUUCUAUUAUUGCUGGGUGUUCAAGUGAUCGUUCAAUUUUUCUGUUAGAUUCUCGGCAAAGAACUCCUCUUACAAAAGUUGUGCUCAAAUUAAGAAGUAAUUCCCUUGCUUGGCAUCCAUUAGAGUCUUUUACUUUCACUGUGGCAAAUGAAGAUUAUAAUUUAUAUACUUUUGAUAUGCGUCAUCUAGAAAAGGCUAGAAUUGUACAUGAAGGACAUACGUCUGCGGUAAUGGAUGUUGAUUAUUCUCCUUCUGGACAGGAAUUUGUUAGUGCCUCAUAUGAUAGAUCUAUACGAAUUUUCCCAGCAGAACAAGAAGUUUAUCACACCCCUCGAAUGCAAUAUGUUCUGUCUGUGCUCUGGUCUUUAGAUAAUAAAUAUGUUCUUUCUGGAAGUGAUGAUAUGAAUGUUAGACUUUGGAAAGCAAAUGCUGCAGAAAAACUUGGACCGUUGGUUCCACGUGAAAAAGCGGCAUUGGAAUAUAACCAAAGAUUACGUGAAACAUACCAAAACCACCCAGAAGUUCGUCGAAUUGUUAAACAUAGACAUGUUCCAAAGGCUAUUUAUAGUGCUGCAAGAGAACAUCGUAUAAUUCGUGAAUCGAGAAGACGAAAGGACAAGAAUAGGCGUAUGAAUUCAAAAAUGGCAGCGAGUGAGCCUCAAUUGCCUGAAACUGUUAAGACAGUUGUUAAAACUGGACUGGAUUGA